GCACUUGUGUGGGAGAUCUUCAAUGAGACCCGGAGGAGAAGGCUACAAGGUCCUGGUUUUCAUAACAGCAUCUCCCACCAGUGGGGAUGUGGCAUGGGCGGAGCUUGAUGAAACUAAAAUAAGCACUGGCAUGCAACGUGUGGUGAACGUGAGCAGCCUCAGAAGGAUAGACCACGAUAGCUAGAAGGGUAAGGAGAGCUUAUUUUCCAAAACCUCUGGCAAGAUGAUCAAAUCCUUCAAGCAAACAUUUCUGUCCCUGGAUCUGCAGUCCCCUCGGUGGAGCUCAGCAGAGACUGUGGCAAAGGACUACGAACUGCGUCAAUAUGAGACAGCCAAAUGGGUUAGCACUGUCAUUAGGGGAGAGACCCAAAAGGAGGCAAUGCGCCAGGGCUUCUGGAAACUCUUCCACUAUAUCCAAGGGAAGAAUGAGAAAGAAAUGAAGAUUGAUAUGACUGUCCCAGUGACAUGCCUAAUAAAGUCUGGCUGUGCAGACUUCAAGAUUUCUUUCUUUUUGCCAUUUGAACAUCAGGACUCCCCACCACAGCCCACUGACUCAGAUGUGUUUGUUGAAGAGCGAAAGGGAGCAGGCAUCUUUGUCAGGUCUUUUGGUGGUUUUGCCUCACCAGAGAAAUAUGCAGAGGAAGCUGAAGUAUUGGCCAGAAUCCUGAGAAAUAGAGGCCAGCUAUUCCAUGAAGACUUCUUCUAUACUGCAGGCUAUGACAGUCCCUUCAAGCUGUUCAACAGGCACAACGAAGUGUGGUAUUUUAAGAAGUAAUGGUGUGUUGCGGGGGAAUUAAGCCACUAAUUAGUUCUGGAUGAGAACAGGCCUCAUUAUCGGCUCUUGCUUAGUGCAGAAGAGACUAAAUUUGCAAUGGACGCAGAAGCAGCUCUAAUGCUUUUUAUCUAGGAUGGAAGACUACUCUGGCUAAAAAGAUCUCAGCUCUCCUUUUUAAAAGAGAAAACUUAAAUUCAGGUAGCCCAUACCAGUUGGCAGAGUUGAAUGGAGAUGACAAUUCCACUCCUUUUACUGAAAAAUUCUGGGGAGACCUUGUGAUUUGAAAACAUUCCUAGAGAACAAUUUGAAUCUGUAGUUUUAACUUCUCAUUUUAAGUGCUACACUUACAUUGUUCCAAGUGUUAUAGAGAGCUUUUCAGAGCUGACUUCUCAUAUUGAGCUCACUCUUGAGACAACAUAGAUAGGGAGAAGUACAUUAAAGCACUUUUCAGAGAAGAAAGCUGCCAUUAAUGAGUUCUGAAAAGCAGCAAUGCUGUAAGCAGGCUCUACUGCCUAAGUAUUAGUACUACAUUUUUUAUAGGGUUGUCAAACACCCAUCUUCCUGUUCAUACUUUUCUUCCUAGCAGAGGCUGCAUGCAGUCCUGUUUUAGACUAAUGCCAGUGACCAGAUGAGACUGAGAAGCCAGGGGAGAAAGGUUAACAGAGUCCAAGCAAUCUGCUUACUUUGUGUACAUCUACUGUACAUUCAUAACUGAAUUCUUGCCUUUAUGGUACUUUCAUAGUUUUUGAAACAUACAAGGAAUACAGCUUUAUACAUGAAAGAGCUAGCAUUUAAGUGCUACUUCAACUACUUCGCUUUGCCCAAAUCUAUGCAUGAUUCAAGCCAACGCUACUCUGCCUUAACACUAGCAGUAAUGGAAUGUCUGAUACUCUGCACAUGUCAGACAAGUUGGAAGACACUUGCAGAACUUGUUUCCUUAAUUCUGCCCUAAAUCAAGCUUUUGAAGCUUUCAGAGAAUAGCCUGAAGCUUCAACAACAAGCUAUUCAAGUCAGAAAGCAGUUCAUAAAAACAAGCAAGAGUUUACAAGAUUUUAUUGGCUCUAAUCAGUAUCAGAUAUUAUCACCACAAAGCCACGGCAUUUUACAGCUGUUCAUGAAGUGUAAACCCUUGGUCUGCAAUCUUCCACCUAUUAAGACAGACACAGGAACUGUUAUUGGGCACAAAACUGACAAGCAGCUCGCUGGGAACAACUCAGACCUUAGAUUUUCAUCUCUGUUCAGAGAGAGAGUUCAAGCUAAGGUUUUAAUCAUCACUUGUUCCAGCAAAGAAAUUUCAGUACUUCUGUAGUCAGAUAAUACUCACCUUUUUUGUUCCUCAUAGCAGUUUCAAAGCUGCCUCCCAACCUAGGUGAAGAAAACGGGCUUAAUAUAUGCAGCAGCACUACUGCAAAAAGUUUCUUUCAGUAGCUAUGUAACCUCAGAAAGAAUGGAACGGAAAUGGGUGAUAUCACAGUAAUUCAUCUGGCAGAAUCAAAUUUCAUCACUGGCUACAAAUAUUCCCCAAAGUUCUUAGGGAAAAAUUGAUCUGUUGUAUGAUCUUACCUAAUAAAGUUGCAGACAGAACAGUCCUUUCCUGAGGAAGAACAGAAUUGUUUUAGAAUGGCAAACAUCACUAUAUGCAAGUUGAAUUAUACAUCUAUGAAACUGUAUUUAUCAAACUAAUUACAGCUUAAAGGAGGCUACAUUUCAGGUGCCAGCUGACAAUUUCAAAGUAUAGCAUUUAAGUAUGAUUUAAAGCUUUAUAGGUCCUAGCUGAAUUUGAAACAGAAUUACUAACACUAGAAGACUAACAUCAUAAGAAUCAGGAAAAAGCACAUAGCUACUCAUCUGUGAUACUGCCCCUCUGCAAAGUCUUGCUCAAUUACAAUGAGUUUUGAUACCUACAGCUAGAACUUGAACUUAAUCCUAAAUCUGUUUACAACCAAUAUAACCAAGAGCACUUUUUUUUUGUACUGUCAGUCCAUAGAGUAGUCAGACGCAUCAGAUGGGAGCAAUGUUUGUUACUGUGCAUUCUGUUGAAUUAUGUUACCCAUAUUGUAUUGGCUGAAACGCCUCAUCACUGAUUUAGUUUCUUUACUACUUCCGCUAUAUGAAGACAUCAAGCAAUAAAAGCCAUAUUUUUAGUCA